UAAUUAGAUGCGUUGCGAAACGAGGACCGGCUUCGCUGAAGUAGCAGAUCCACGCGAUUUCUUCCUCCUCUUUCGAUCGAUCUCACAGCGAGCGUUCAACUUCUAGGGUUUCAGAUCCGGUGCGAUGGGAAGGGCCGGCACCGGAUUUGAUCUCUCCUCGAUUGCGCUGUUCCUCCUCAUCGUCUCGACUUGUUUGGCGGCCUUGGCGCAGGAGUCGGAGACGGAUGGUGGAGACAAAGACUCGGCGGUCGUGGCCGAACCGUUGGAUCGACGCACAAGAAUGCUAAUUCGCCCGUUGAAGAAAGAUGAUGAUGAAAGUUGGGAAGGAGUUGUUUCCCUGGAAGAGAGGGGGUUGGGUGUCUUUGAUGCUUUCUUUUCUAGCUUGUCCAUGAUCAUUGUCAGCGAGAUUGGGGACGAGACUUUUAUAAUUGCGGCUCUUAUGGCAAUGCGUCAUCCAAAAUCGAUUGUCUUGUCUGGUGCACUCAGUGCCCUUGUUGUGAUGACGGUACUUUCAACUGGGCUUGGUAGGAUUGUGCCAAAUUUAAUAUCGAGGAAGCACACUAAUAGUGCUGCCACAGUGCUUUAUGCAUUUUUUGGUCUUCGAUUACUAUACAUUGCCUGGAGAUCAGAUUCCAAGGCAUCACAGAAGAAGGAAAUAGAGGAGGUGGAAGAGAAGCUGGAGUCUGGGCAAGGAAAAUCUACAUUGCGACACUUCUUUACCAGAUUCUGCACACCAAUAUUCUUGGAGUCAUUUAUUUUAACUUUUUUGGCUGAAUGGGGAGAUCGCAGCCAAAUAGCAACCAUCGCGUUGGCAACUCACAAGAAUGCAAUUGGAGUUGCUGUUGGAGCAACUUUGGGUCACACGGUAUGCACUUCGUUGGCGGUUAUCGGAGGGAGCUUGUUGGCAUCCAAAAUCUCACAAAGAACAGUCGCCACCAUUGGUGGCCUUCUCUUUCUUGGAUUCUCCUUGUCUUCAUACUUUUACCCUCCAUUGUGAUGCGAAGAGAAAUGGAAGUAAAAUUCACUGAUAAGUAUUUUUCUCAUAGGCGAAAUUGUAUUCCAAUUCAACACCAUUAUUAUGUUUUGUUGUGCCCUUCUUACACAUAAUGACAGUUGUAUGUUCUAUAGGUUUUGGAUCUAUAGUGUAUUAUGUGAUUAGUCA